AUGUCUGAUCAACCGAAUGAUCAAUUAGCGGAAAAUGAAGACCGAAAGGGAAGACUAGCUAAAUUGUUUGCUACAGAUAUUUUACCCCAAUCGAACAACUGGGAAGACACGGAAACUUUUCUCGGCGAAGUCGUCAAAGUGUUACUCAAAUACAUCUGCGAGGAGAAUCAACGCGAAACAAAGAUCCUCGAAUUCCAUCAUCCAACCGAAAUGAAGAAAAUCAUCGAUUUGACAAUCCCUGACGAGCCUCAACCACUUGAAGAGCUUGUCAAGGCUUGUGAACAAGUUUUAUCACUCGGAGUCAGAACUGGACAUCCACGCUUCUUUAAUCAAAUCAGUUGUGGUCUUGAUCUCGUUUCAAUGGCUGGUGAAUGGCUGACCGCUACAGCGAAUACAAACAUGUUCACUUACGAGAUUGCACCUGUGUACAUUUUGAUGGAGAAAGAAGUGUUACGCAAAAUGUGGGAGGCGAUUGGAUGGGAUCCCGAAAAAUCCGAUGGGAUUUUUGCUCCAGGAGGAGCGAUCGCCAACUUGUAUGCCAUGAAUACAGCUCGUCAUCACAUGUUCCCGAGGAGCAAACAUCUCGGGAAUGGGGAAAUUCCCAUUCUUUGUUGUUUCACUUCUCAAGAUUGUCACUAUUCAAUCAAAUCAGCCGCUUCGGUGACAGGAAUCGGCUCGGAUCAUUGCUUUUACAUCAAAACCGAUUCGGGUGGUCGAAUGAUUCCCGAAGCGUUGGAACAACAGAUUAUUCGCUGCAAAAAUGAAGGGAUGCAACCGUUUUUUGUUUGUGCCACCGCCGGUACAACCGUUUAUGGAGCAUGGGAUCCGAUUGAAAAAAUCGCCGACAUCUGUGAACGUUAUCGAAUCUGGCUUCAUGUUGAUGCAGCUUGGGGCGGCGGUUUGCUUCUCUCACCCGAGCAUCGCUACAAAUUAUCCGGUAUUGAGAGAGCUCAAUCAGUGACAUGGAAUCCACACAAAUUGAUGGGAGCCAUUCUACAAUGUUCAGCGUGUCUUUUCAGACAAGAUGGAUUGCUCUUCCAAUGCAAUCAAAUGUCAGCUGAUUAUCUUUUCCAACAAGAUAAACCCUAUGAUGUCAACUAUGAUACCGGAGAUAAGGCGAUCCAGUGCGGUCGUCACAAUGACACUUUCAAGUUGUGGUUAAUGUGGAAAAGCAAGGGUAUGGAGGGCUAUCGAAAACAGAUCAAUUACCUUAUGGAUUUGGCUGCCUAUUUCUCUGAGCGUCUCCGAGCCACCGAUGGCUAUGAAUUAGUUGUCGAUCCGCCAGAAUUUCUGAACAUUUGCUUUUGGUAUAUUCCUCAAAAGAUGCGCGGCUUGGAUCUUGCUGAAAAAAUGGCUCGACUAGAAAAAAUUGCUCCAAAAAUCAAGGCGAAAAUGAUGGAGAGAGGCACUACAAUGGUCGGAUAUCAGCCAGAUAAAAAGAGGCCAAAUUUCUUCCGAAUGAUUAUCUCCAAUCAGGCCAUCACUCGAGCCGAUCUCGAUUUUCUCAUUGAUGAAAUCGUGGACAUUGGAGAGUCGCUUUAUGAAACGAUG